CACUUUUAUCGAAAAAACCAACAAAGAAGCCGGCUGGCCGCAUUUUAUAAACAAACCAAAGUUUUAGCUAAUAUCAUGGCCAGCGGCUCUCGUAUUACCACUCUGCCACAGUCGAAGGAGGCGCUGCUCAAGUCCUACAAUGCGCGCCUCAAGGAGGACGUCCGCAGCAUGCUGGAGAACUUCGAGGAGACUCUUAAGCUGGCGCGCAGGGACAGCCACAGUCAGAUAUCACGUACGACGCAAUCAGAGCAGGAUGCACUUGAAAUGCAGAUUCGUGCCUCCAAUAUGGUGCGUGCCGGAGAAUCCCUUAUGAAGCUGGUCGCCGAUCUCAAGCAGUAUCUGAUUUUGAACGACUUCCACUCGGUAAACGAGGCCAUCACCAACAACUCGCAACUGUUCAGAUCCACGCAGAUCGAGUGCGACAAAAAACUGAUGAAGCUAAGGGACGAAAUGGCAAUGGAUCUGUACGACCUGGAAGAGGAGUACUACACGAGCAUAUUCAAGUAGACGCCCUUACAGCUCUAGUAUAAGAUAUUUGUAAAACAAAUAAAAUUGUAAAACUCAACAGUGUUGUUAACUUUUU